GAAUGGCCGUAGCAGUCAGGAGGCUGCACGGGAGGGGAGACAGACAAGACAUCCUUCUCGCUUUUUGCGCUUCCUUCUCUGGGUUUUUCUCCCGCGCCGCUCUCUGCGAGGAACGGAGCAAAAGGGGGUAGAGGGAGGGAGGGAGGCAAGGAAGGAGAUCUGACGCAUCUGAGUGAGUGGGCACAGCGAGGCUUUACUUCUCUCCGAUAUGCAACCUGCGCGACGCUGCGCCUCCUGCGACCUGCGCUACUGAUACCAAGAGGGAGAGAGUCAGAGGCAGGAGGAGCCGGCAUGGAUGGACGGGAACACCACUAAACACAGAGGACUGGAAGCGGUGGUUUUGCUCUCAAGUCAGAAAGAAAAACUGUUUUGAUUCCUUUUCUCUUGUGUUUCUUUUUGUGGCCCGGAGCGUCACUCUUCAGUAAUGUUCGCGUGCGCAAAUUUGUUUGGUAACAAAAUACGGAAUAUUCUGUGGCUUUGAUUUCCUGGGAGAGAAAAUAACCGAACCCAACAGAUUGGCAAAGGAGAGAACUGCAAAUCGGAUUCCAUACAUUUGUGAUUGGAUGUGAAAACACUUUGACCCUUCAAAAUUGAAGAUGAUGUUGCUAUGGAAACUACUGCUGCUGCAGUCACUUAUGGGGUGCCUGGCAGAGCGCAGCGUCCUGCAGAGUCCUGCUUUCACCAAACAGCCAGGCAGCAUUGUGUAUCCUGUGGAGACGGUGGGGAACAACAGAGAGGUGGUAUUCAGCUGCGAGGCCCAGGGUACCCCACCUCCCACAUACCGGUGGAAAUUAAACGGUACAGAAGUCAUUCCCAAAGCCGGGUCUCACUACAGCCUUUCUGGAGGCAACCUCAGAAUCAGCCGUCUGAACAAAGACCAAGAUGCCGGAACGUAUCAGUGCCUAGCCUCCAACUCCUUCGGGACCAUCGUCAGCCGAGAGGCCAGUCUAACCUUUGCAUACUUGGAGAACUUCAAGACUCACAAAAGAAGCUCUGUCUCAGUACGUGAAGGUCAAGGAGUGGUUUUGCUGUGUGGCCCUCCUCCACAUUCAGGAGAUCUGAUCUUUUCUUGGAUCUUCAAUGAGUACCCAAAUUUCGUAAAGCAGGACACUCGCCGCUUCAUCUCCCAGGAAACAGGGAAUCUGUACAUUGCCAAAGUGGAGCCUUCAGAUGUUGGAAAUUACACCUGUGUGGUGACCAACACAGUCACAAAGACUCGUGUUCAGGGUCCUCCCACUCCUCUUGUGCUUCGCAGUGAUGGUGUUAUGGGUGAAUAUGAGCCAAAGAUUGAAGUUCAAUUUCCAGAGGUUAUCCACGUAGCCAAAGGAUCCACUGUAAAGCUGGAGUGCUUUGCACUUGGAAACCCUGCACCCACCAUUGGUUGGAAGAGGGUGGAUAAUGUACCCUUCCCCAGGAAAGUGGACAUGAGGAAGGCCAGCGGUGUCCUAGAAAUCCCAUAUUUCCAACAGGAGGAUGCCGGCACAUAUGAAUGUGUGGCUGAAAACUCCAGGGGGAUGAACACAGUGAAAGGGAAGCUCUCUUUCUACGCUCCACCUCAUCUCAUUGAGAAGCCCCAAGAUGUGCAAAAGCUCAUCGAUGACUCACUGGUGUGGGAGUGCAAAGCCACAGGGAAACCAAAACCCUCGUACAGAUGGAUGAAGAAUGGAGAAAACCUGGAGUCUGCAGAGGAGCGCAUACAGGUUGCCAAUGGGAUUCUGUCAAUCAGUCGGCUAACCCUGUCUGACACCGGAAUGUACCAGUGUGUGGCAGGGAACAAGCAUGGCGAGGUCUAUUCCAACGCAGAGCUCCGAGUCAUAGCUGUUGCCCCAGAUUUCUCUCACAAUCAACUGAAGAGUCAGACACUGGUGAAAGUAGGAGGAGAUAUCCUGAUCGAGUGCAAGCCCAAGAUGUCUCCUUGGGGUGUCAUCUUGUGGCGGAAGGGCAGCGAACCCCUACAGGGAAGCAGCAGGAUCUCCAUUCUGGACAAUGGCAGCCUUCGGAUUUGGAAUGUGACGAAAUUGGACGCUGGUCUCUACACCUGUGUUGCAAGAAACCAGUUUGGAGUAGCAAGCAGCACAGGAAGCGUUACAGUUAAAGAGCCAACCAUCAUCACUACACAGCCCACAACGCUGGACAUCACUGUUGGGGAGAGUGUGGUUCUGCCAUGUCAGGUGAGCCACGACCCGUCUCUGGAGCUUAAGUUCACCUGGUUCUUCAACGAGCAGCUCAUCCACUUUGGGAACAAUGGCGGAUUCUUCGAAAAAGUUGGAGGCCAGCACUCAGCGGGAGACAUUAUGAUUCGGAACAUCCAGCUGGGCCACGCAGGGAAGUACACAUGCGCUGUGCAGACCAAGGUGGACAGCAUCUCCAUAGCUGUGGACCUAGUAGUUCGAGGUCCCCCAGGGCCACCCACCAGCAUUCAAGUAGAAGAAAUCACUGAUACCACCGCGUCUCUGUCCUGGAGGCCUGGUCCUGAUAAUCACAGUCCAAUUACGGCAUACACCAUUCAGGCCAGGACACCAUUUUCCCUGGGGUGGCAGGCUGUCACCACAGUUCCUGAGGUUGUAGGGGGCCACCAGCUGACAGCUACAGUAAUAGCGCUGAGCCCUUGGGUGGAGUACGAGUUCCGGGUCCUGGCAAGCAACAGAGUCGGGACGGGUGAGCCCAGCAAGCCGUCCAAACAAGCUAGGACGAAGAGCACCACUCCGAAGGUCACACCGGCUAAUGUGAGUGGAGGAGGAGGCAGUCGCUCCGAAUUAGUCAUCACAUGGGAGCCCGUUCCAGAGGAGCUGCAGAAUGGACCAGGGUUCGGCUAUGUGGUGGCUUUCCGACCUCGAGGCGCCACGGGCUGGAUGCAGGCAGCCGUGCCGUCCCCAGAGGCAUCCAGAUAUGUUUUUAAAAACGAGAGCAUCCAACCUUUCUCGCCUUUCCACGUGAGGGUCGGGGUUUACAACAACGAGGGCGAGGGGCCAUUUGGCUCGGUUACCACUAUCUACUCAGCCGAGGAAGAGCCUGGCCGAGCUCCCACCAGGAUUCGUCUCAAGAGCCUCUCUGCAUCUGAGAUCGAGGUGUCAUGGAAAGCCCUGCCCUGGAACGCCAGCAAGCGGAGGGUGCUGGGCUACGAGCUGAGGUACUGGAGUAGAAGUGAGAGGGAGGAGACGGCCAGCAUACUGAGGACCACAGGGAAUCAGACAUCCACCGUCAUCAGUGGGUUGAGAGGCAGCACCGUCUAUUAUAUCUCAGUGAGGGCCUACAACACAGCUGGAACAGGCCCUUCAAGCACCACAGUCAAUGUGACCACCAAAAAACCACCUCCCAGCCAGCCUCCGGUUAAAGUCAUGUGGAACACAUCAAACUCCAAGAUUAUCCUGAACUGGGAGCACGUCAAAGCUCUGGAGAACGAGUCAGAAGUGACCGGUUACAAAGUGCUAUACAAGAAGAAUCGACACAGCCGACCUAAUGUCAUGGAAACUAACACCACCUCAGUGGAGCUUGCUCUUCCGACUGAUGAGGAAUAUAUCAUCCAAAUAAAGCCAUUUGGAGAGGGAGGAGACGGGAACAGCAGCAAGCAGAUCACCAUCCCUAGGAUAGCAGGACCCAAUGCAGUCGGCUCAGCCUCCAAGGUCUCCACGCUGUCAGCCCUCAGCACAAUAGCUCUCUCUUUCACAGCACGGACAUCUUUAUGACAAACAGCUCCCAGCAGAUGUUGCAUCUAAGGUGGAGACAGCUCUCAGGCGGGAACACAAGUGGAGCCCACUCCGGUGUAACUAGAUACAUCCAUUUAGAUUUUAGAGACAGAGGGAAGACACUGAGGGUAAAAAUGUUCAAAUAUGCCAUGUAGAAGACAGAUAAGGUGUCCCUGUCAGCUUCAUAGGCCAGGUGAGGGAGAUUAUCCGAUGUCGUGACUAUGUUGUUACCAAAGCAGCUUUCAUAAAAGAAACAUAAAGGAAAAAGUCUUAUAUGCAUCUUUUUGUAUGACAUGUUGAGCUUUUAUAGAUUUUGUUUUCCUGAUGGGUUAGGAGAUGACUUUGGCUUCAGGAGUGAGAAUAGUUUAAUGCAUGGAAAACGGCAUUGUCCAGUUUUACAUUUUGAUGAUAAAGCACAUGAGUUGACAGCCCAUUGUCUUUUAAUAUAAAAUACAGCUUGUACCUUUGAUAUUUCUACAUUUCAGUUUAUGUACUAUAGUCUUUCUGGAAAGAAAGUACACCCUCUGUCUUUGCAAGCAAUGGAGCUGGUCUAGAUUAUCUGUACAAAAAAAAAUGUUACCGGUUUUCCACCAAGUCAAUAUUUGAAAAACAAAAAUAAAGGGAAAUUUUAAAAUGUAAAAAAACAAAAAAUAUAUAUAAUGCAAAGUACACCCUCAGAUCCACAGAUAAUACAAGAGACAUGAAGGCCUUGACUUUUAAUAGAGUGUACUUUCUUUUUUAAAGAUUGUAUAUAAAUAUUGUAAUUCAGAUUUCGGGUGCAGUUGUCACUUUUCAAAUAAAAUGGAGGAGUGGAAUCAGAUUGUAAAUGCUAAUGCUUUAGCAUCUGAUGAACAUCAUCAAGCAAAGCUAAACAUUGCCUAACAUCAUGGUGGGAUUGAGCUAUUAUAAGGUGUUCUCAGCCUACUGCUAAAACAGAGUAAAAUAGAAUUAAAAGCCAUUCCCUGGUUAAUUUAUACUCUGAAGACAGAGCAUGAGCCUAUAUAUCUAUAUUCUCACUGUUAUCCUUUCUUCUGCCAAGAACAUGACUAUUGAUCAAAAGAAACAAGUCAGCUUUGCUGGUAUCAAGAUGGCCUUUAAAAGUUUAUCUUGAAUCUGGAUGUAGUCUUUUAUUUUGAAAGUUUGUGCUACUAUGGUCUCUACAAGGUUUUAAUAUUCAUAGUGCGUCACAAAACUCAUACAAAUGGUUUGGGAAUAGAAAUAAAGACUAAGAUUUAGCUUUUGUAAGGCCCCCAAUCUUAGUCCUAUUGAACAUAAUUGUUAAGACGUUAUAUCCUGUAAUCCAUUCUGUCAGUUUAUAAUAAAAGUGGGCAGUUUAAAUUAAAGCAUUAAAACCUGGCAUUAAAUUUGGUUGUAAAUGUUUUAAU